AUGACUGCCACAUCACCCCAACUGCACUCGCCGACGUCGCAUGUUGAGCGACCUAAGGGUAUCCUCAAGAACUCAAACUCGUUCCGAGCAGCGUCGCAGACGUCCCCGACAGCCGACUUCCCUCCGGCCACAAGUCCAAUCUCGGAGCGACCGCCGCUCGGUCGCGAGAUGUCAGAGAAGGAGAUUGUGCUCGAGAACACAUUGCGCAAUGCGGGCGCCCACCGUCGGUCGUCUUCCAACCCGCGGGGCAUGGGGUCGCGGCGUCAGUCAGGUGCUGACCCCGAUGAGAACAGCCCUCAGCUCAAGUGGGACGAGGCCAACCUCUACCUGAACGAGCAGAAUCGGGAUAGCACCAUGAAGAUUGAUGAGCCAAAGACCCCGUACGCCAAGCAAUACGACCCCACUGAGGAUGAAGAGGAGGUGGAGAUGCUCAACGCGCAGGAGCUCAAGGUCGACGAGCUAGAUAAACCGAAGAGGAAGCCUAAGAUCGAAGACAUUCCAGAGUUUGACCUGGGACAGCCAGAGCUACAGGCGCGACACUCGCAAACUCCCGAGAGCGAGAAGCGUGUGUUGGUUGAAGAGGGCAUGGACCCUGCCGACGAGGGUUACCACGGCGAGCUUCAUCCAAAUGCGACACAGGAAGAGGUGGAGAAGCACCGCAAAUUUGAAGAGCUGCGCAAGAAGCACUACGAGAUGAAGAACGUCAAGGACCUGCUUGGGCAUCCCGAGGAUGAAGAUGAAGACGAGGAGAUGCCAUCGCGACCCAACGGCCAAUAGUUGUCGAACAGACAUGUGUAGGUAGAGACCUUGUUUUCUUUGCAUCUUCCAUUUUUGAUACCGAGUCAGGAGAGACGGGACAUGUUAUGAAGCUCGCCCAGCGGCGUUGCACGUAUUGAAUUUUGCGGCAUUACGAUGGAGUUCAUGGGGUACGAAGGGAUGAUGUUCAUGAUUGCGAGUACCUUUCUUCAUAGUUGAUCCAACGAAACUGAAACAAAA